CUUUUCGCUUUUUGCGUGUUCAUGUUCAUUUCAUGAAUAGGUAGCGACGGCGGGUCCAAUUUAUUUAAUAAAGAAAUACAGUCUCUCUCGGUCUCUCGCGUCAGAAUUGUUGGAAGCCGCCCUUCAGAAGACGAGCGCUCAUCACAAGGCAUCUCCCAAUCUGCUCGAUUGUUGAAGCAUCUUCACUUAUUCCUCUGCUUUCUGAGUUCCCAUGGCCAACACUACUCUCUCCAAAGCUUUGGACCCUUCACCUACUUCUCAAGUCAAGGUGCACCGUUCAUUAUGUCUGGAUCUUGGGAAAUUUGUUGAAAGAAUUUCCAAAGUUGUGUUAGCCAUUGAAUCCACCCGGCCAAAUUGUACGUCAGCAGUUCGGGCACUAUGCUCCUUACAUUUCGCUUUGGAUAAGGCCAAGUCAAUUAUCCAGCAAUGUUCUCACUCCAGUAAACUCUAUCUGGUAGUCAUGGCACACAAGAUAGUUUCAAGAUGUGAAAAAUUACGGGGUGAUCUGGAGUUAUAUUUGACCCAAAUUCAACAAGUAGUCCCAAAUUUGUUGGAUGUUGAGAUAUCUGGAAUCAUAAAUGAUCUUAGAGCUGCAGAAUUUUCCUUAGAAUCCGCAGAAGAUGAAGCUAGGAAGUCAUUACUGGAACUGCUUAACAAGGAUUUGCCCGGCUCAGAAUCUCUAAAUAAUGUUGAACUUGAUGCUGUUCAGAUGGCGACUUUGAGGCUGAAAAUGACAACUCCUUUAGCUCUCUUAGAGGAGAAAGCAGCUCUCAAGUCGCAAAUGGGAAAGGUCAAUGGAGCAGAUCAAAGGGAGAUAGAACUUGUGAAAUACUUUUUAUAUCUGCUCAUCAAAUACAGGAAAUACUUAUGUCAGUUUCAAACUAGAGACCAGUCCGAGAAGCAUGCCCGGCAUCAUCAGUCUAUGGAGCAUGAGCUGGAUGUGGAUGAUGAAAUACAUGAAAUCAAACAGGAUAACUCAGUGAACCUUCAAGUUGAAGAUUCUUGAGUUUGGUCACCUGCAGACUAAUUGUUGAUUUGUAUAAAAUCAGAACUUGAUUGGAAAUGUUGGUUGGUUGUCUGGGCCACGGUAGAUUGUCCAGAAUUCUUUUCUUGUUAGACUGUAUGAAGAAAGGCACUUUUUAGUUGCUUUUA